UCUAUAUAUCCUGCGUUUCAGCUGAAAAGGAACUUCCUCUCUCAUCAACUACCAUUCCUGCUGAAAUUUUCUACGGCCACCAACUGUUCAGGAACUCUUGCUAUCAAUUGAGGUGCAGAUGCCGAUUAGAUGUGAAUGACGUAGCUUGUGAGUCAUAUUGCUGUAUCCUCUGUCCAAGUGCACCACGCAGAAAGUGCCCAAUUGCCCGAGCUUAAGUGAAGUUAGUUCCAGUUUUUCUUCAGAUGCAAACAUCCCGAACAUCCAACUCUUUCCAAAGCUUUUACAUUCAGCCUAUGCAGCAGAUCGACCCGUACAGCAGUUCCACCUUUCAAAUUCUGAACAAUGACUCAACUGGUAGCAGAAGCCAGGGAACUGAAGUUUCAUUUCAAACUUCCCCUGAUCAGUUCUUCACUCUGGAAUCAACUCCUGCGACUGAUUAUGCUACAUACAGUUCACCUUCAGCUGUAAGUGUCUCUUCAAGCAGAAGUCCAUUUUCUCCCCAGGGUUCUCAAUCGUAUGCAUCCGAUCUUUAUCAGCCAUCUGAUGUUACUUACGGUUCACCUCUGAGUGGGGCUUCUGGGGUUGAUGAUGAAAACAAGUUGCUGCAUGCGCUGUGGGUAUUGAGGAACGAACUUCCGGUUCCUGAAUCUGACACCGAUGAUAGUGGAACCUUUAAUGGUGUAGUUACACAACCUUCUACCUUCACAAGAUAUAACAAAAUCUUGGAAAUGGCCCCUCACAUGGACCUGAUACAAUUGCUUGUUGCCUGUGCUGAAAUAGUAUCGGAAGCCGAUACCAUAUCUAUGUCAGACAGGCAGGUUGCGAUAUCCGCUGCAGAAGCUUUGAUGGAAAUAUUGGAGAAGAACGUUUCCGUGUCUGGUGAGCCUGCACAAAGAUUGGGCGCGUACAUGUUGGAAGGACUCAGGGCAAGGCUGUUAUCGUCGGGAAGCAUAAUUUACAAAAAGUUGAAGUGCAAGGAGCCAACGAGUUCCGAAUUGAUGUCUUACAUGGGCGUCCUCUAUCAAAUCUGCCCGUACUACAAGUUCGCCUACAUGUCAUCAAAUGUUAUCAUUGGGGAAGCCAUGGAGAAUGAAAACAGGAUCCACAUAAUUGAUUUCCAGAUUGCACAAGGUAGUCAGUGGAUAUCCUUGAUUCAAGCUCUUUCUCGUCGGCCUGGUGGGCCACCGUACAUUCGCAUCACCGGUGUUGAUGAUUCACAAUCAACUCAUGCCCGAGGCGGAGGACUUGAUUUAGUUGGUCAGAAACUAGCAAAAGUGGCUGAGUCAUGUGGGGUUGUAUUUGAAUUCAAUGGUGCGGCUAUGUCGGGUUGCCAAGUCCAACUGGAGCAUCUUCGAGUUCGUCACGGGGAAGCCUUGGCUGUGAAUUUUCCCUACAUACUGCACCACAUGCCGGAUGAGAGCGUGAGCACUGCAAAUCAUCGCGACCGCCUCCUCAGACUAGUCAAAAGCUUGUCACCGAAGAUCGUGACCCUUGUUGAGCAGGAAUCCAACACUAAUACCUCCACUUUUGCGCAGCGAUUCUGCGAAACCCUAGACUACUAUACAGCAAUGUUUGAGUCUAUCGACGCGGGGCGGCCAAGGGAGGACAGACAACGGAUGAGUGCGGAGGAGCACUGUGUGGCAAAGGACGUGGUCAACAUAAUAGCGUGCGAGGGGAUCGAGCGAGUGGAAAGGCAUGAGCUGUUCGGUAAGUGGAGAAUGAGACUUGGAAUGGCGGGAUUCUCCCAACUCAGACUCAGCCCGGCGGUUAGUAACUCGGUGAGGGACAUGUUGAAAGCGUAUAGCCCGAAUUACAGAAUAGCGGACCUCGGCGAUGGUGCUCUGUAUCUUGGAUGGAAGAAUAGAGCUUUAGCUACAACUUCGGCAUGGAGGUGAUGAUUGUCCCUGUGUGAAGAGAAUAAUACUUGUAGGUUUAUAUUAGAGUUGACUCUGUAUGUAAAGGGAAUCAAGUGUGUUUCUGUUUGUGUUUGUUUUUUUCCAACAUAUGGACAUACAUGUAACACGUUGUAGUAUGGGGCAUCAGUGGCCAAAAUUUGACAUUCUUUGCCACUUUAUUUUCA